AUGCUGGCCGCUGGCGAGCCGCUGCCCGGCUGCGCGGGGGCGUUGGCGGAGGCGGCGCUCGGCUCGGACUCGGCGGCUCUGCCCUGCGGACCGCUCAGCGUGCGGCCGCUGAACCCAAACGACUUUGGCCCUGUCAAGGUGGCUCACGGCGAAUUGUUUCCUAUCGAUUACGACGAUGGCUUCUUUUAUAAGGCCACACAAGGACUGGACAGGAUUUUCUCUUGGGGUGCCUUUGUGCAGCCUGGCGGCCCUGGGGGCGGCGAGCAGCUAGUCGGCUUUGUGACGGCGCGGGUGGUGCGACUCCAUGAGUGCGACUCGCACGACCGGCAGCUGAUGGGGUUACUAAGCCUGGUCCUGGAUCAUGACAGCGCCGUCUACAUUCUCACAUUGGGGGUGGUGGACGGCUGGCGGGGCCGCGGCAUCGCGUCGCGGCUGAUACGGCUGGUGACACAGUACGCAGCAGAGACCAGGUGCCGCGCGGUCUUCCUCCACGUCAUCACCUACAACGACGCCGCCAUACGCCUCUACACACACGCCGGCUUCGUCUGCGCCGGGCGCCUGCCCGGCUUCUACUUCAUCCACACCGGCCGUCAGCCCGACCCGACCAACUGCGUGUACGACGCCCUGCUGUUUGUGCACCACACGGCGCCGGAUUGGAGCUACAGCGGGUGGGACGUGGUCGCGCUGGCGGUCUCGCCGCUGAGGGCGGCCUGGGGGCGGAUUUACGGCUGCAUGCCGCAGCUGCUGAGGCAGCAGCCGCACGCCAGCCAACAGGUGCAGCUGCUCGAGCAGCUGCCUCCAGCACCGUCGACCUUGCACGCCGCGCCAUACGCACGCCAGCUGCUGCAGCAGCAGCAGCAACAGCAGCAGCAGCAGCAGCAGCAGCAGCAGCAGCAGCAGCAGCAGCAGCAGCAGCAGCAGCGGCCACCGUACGCCGCAAGCUGGGGUGCCAGGUCUCGGCCCUGGGGCCCCUGGAGGGCUCAUGCACCCCAGCAGCCGGGGCUGCCCUACAGCCGGCGUGCGGGCGCCGCGGCAGGCGCCGGCGGCGGCCAGGGCGGGCCCCACCAACGGCAGCUUGAGGAGGCCGCGGUGCUGUCGCAGCGGCGGCAGCCGCAAUUGCAGCAGAUGCUGCGGUAUCUGUUCAACCCCAGUUCGAGGAACGGGGCAGGCGACAGCAACAGCGGUGGCGGCAGUGGCGGCGGUGGCGAGGGAUCCUGGGGUGGCGGCGCCAGCGGCAAGCCCGGGCCCUUGUGGGGUUGCAACGGCAGCGGCGGCGGGGGAGGAGGCCGCGGCGCCGGCGGCGCCGGCGUGGGCGCGGGGGGCGGCCUCAACGGGGGUUACGUGCAGCUGCCCAGCAGUGCGACCGGCCCCAACCGCAGCACGCGUGGGGUAGGGGCGCCCACAGACUCGCACGUUGUCUGA